UGGCGGAUUUCAAGCGGAAAGCUCAAGUACGAGUUCAAACUCUCCAAAUUUCUCCAUGUAAGACUUAACUUAUUAUUUAGAGACAAGCCAGGAGCAGCCCAUAAAAGGUCAUCAGUGGUUUAAAGCCCAAAAUGGACCCGAAUGAGAAAUUUAGCAAGGUUGUCGUAGGCACUAAAGUCGACAUCCAGAGAACUGACGGAAGAAUACAUUCGUCCCUUGUGAGUGGUGUUAAUUUAGAUACCAAAAGUGUUACUGUAGAAUGGUUUGAGAACGGAGAAACCAAAGGAAAAGAGAUUGAGAUUGCUCAAAUAUUGGCCUUAAAUCCAGCUCUCAAUGUAAAACCAACACCAMGAUCAAUUGUUGUAAAUAAACGCAAUACAAAUACUCCAAAUAAUAACAAGAAUGCUAAGGAGCCUGUUGAAUCUGCCCCUUCUCCUAGAGUUACAAGAGCAAGAGGAGCAAAAGAACCAGCACCUAAUGAAAAUGAAACAGUACAAGCUGAGCCUCCACAGAGAAAGGACAGCAGUUCUAAUGCUCCAAAUAGAAGAAGAUCCAACUGUGUCAAAGAAGUUGAACGACUUAAAAAGAACCGGGAAGAGCGACGAGCACAACAACAAGAACAGAAAGAGAUGCAGUUAAAAUUACAACAAGAAUAUGACCCAGGAAACCCUGAUUGGCAGUUUAUACAAAUGAUAAGGGAAUACCAAGAGCAGUUGAACUUCAAAGCUAUAACCAUGGAAUUGGCGACCAUCAAAUAUGUGUCUGUGUUCGUAAAAGACCACUAUCGAAGAAAGGUCAGGAUGUUCUGCAAUCUAGUUUUGGACAAUGUUGCUGUUAGGUUCAUGAAUGUAAAUUAAAAGUGGAUCUUACCAAGUAUUUGGAAAACCAUAAAUUCUGGUUUGAUUAUGCAUUUAAUGAGUAUGCAACAAACGAAAUGGUCUACAGAUAUACAGCCAGACCAUUAGUAGAGACUAUUUUUAACCAGGGAAUGGCUACGUGUUUUGCUUAUGGUCAGACUGGCAGUGGAAAAACCCAUACAAUGGGUGGUACUUUUACUGGAAAACAACAAGACUCGACCAGUGGUAUCUAUGCUUUGGCUGCACACGACGUAUUUAAACUCCACAAACACUCCAAGUAYAAAAAUAAAGAUUUGGUGAUAUCAUGUAGCUACUUUGAGAUAUAUGGCAGUAAGGUCUUUGAUUUAUUAAACAAAAGAAAGAAACUUCGUGUCCUUGAGGAUGGGAAUCAACAAGUGCAGGUCUGUGAAUUAGAAGAAAAGAUUGUCCAYUCGGUACAGGAUGUUCUUAAACUUAUUGAACUUGGUAACAAACUUAGAACGUCAGGGCAGACUUCAGCCAAUCAAAAUUCAUCGCGGUCRCAUGCAGUUUUCCAAAUAGUUUUAAGAAAGAGAGGUUACAGGAAAGACGGUGGUGGUGGCAAUUUGUUUGGCAAGUUUUCUCUUAUAGAUCUUGCUGGUAAGCUAUGCUUUAUAGUCUUUCAAAUCGUUCUGUUCAACAGUGACAAUGUUGUUAAAGGCAAUGCUGUUGUUAUUUUUCUAUAG